UCCAUUUAUCUUCACUCUUGGGAGUCUUUAGGAGACAUAACCUUGUACCUCUGUGUUUUCCCAACCCACUGUUCUGUAGACAAGUUCCCUAUUGCCUCAGUUAAGGAUUUCCACUCCAGAAUCUGCAGCUAAAUGAGAUCAUGAUUUUGGAAGGAGCUGGCAGAAUGAGUAUCAAUUCCAGCAGCAAUCUACUUCACCAGCAGCCUUCCUGGACAGACGGCUAUUCCACAUGCAAUGUGUCCAGCAGCUUCUAUGGAACACAGUGGCAUGAAAUACACCCGCAGUACUGGACUAAGUUUCAAGUCUGGGAAUGGCUGCAGCAUCUGCUUGAUACCAACCAACUGGAUGCUAACUGCAUACCUUUCCAGGAGUUUGAUAUCAACGGGGAACAUCUGUGCAGUAUGAGCCUGCAAGAAUUCACUCAGGCAGCUGGGACAGCAGGACAACUGCUUUACAGCAACCUUCAGCACCUAAAAUGGAAUGGCCAGUGUGGAAGUGACAUGUACCAACCUCAUAAUGUUAUUGUGAAGACAGAGCAAACAGAUCCAUCGUUAAUGGUGUCCUGGAAAGAAGAGAAUUACCUGUAUGACAGUGGCUAUGGUAGCACAGUAGAACUACUGGACAGUAAAACAUUCUGUCGUUCUCAGAUUUCUAUGACGACACCUAGUCAUCAGCCUCCUGAGUCUUCAGAUGUGAAAAAAUCGCAAGACCAUAUACCGAAAUCCCACACGAAGAAGCACAACCCUCGAGGAACUCACCUUUGGGAAUUUAUUCGAGAUAUUCUUCUCAAUCCUGAGAAAAACCCAGGAUUAAUCAAGUGGGAAGAUCGGUCAGAAGGUGUCUUCAGAUUUUUAAAAUCCGAAGCUGUGGCUCAGCUCUGGGGAAAGAAGAAAAACAACAGCAGCAUGACUUAUGAGAAACUCAGCCGGGCCAUGAGAUACUAUUAUAAAAGAGAAAUCCUGGAGCGUGUGGAUGGUCGGAGAUUGGUGUAUAAAUUUGGAAAGAAUGCCCGUGGCUGGAGAGAAAAUGAGAAUUAAAUAUGUUAAGAAAUAACAUUUUAAACAUCUGGAUAUUGAUUAGCUCCAUUCCACUGCCUUUACCAUCAUUUUGUAGUGCAUAUAACAAGAACCAGGACACCAGACAAGGAGAGCACCUUCUCUCUGCCUUAAAGACUGCUCCUUCCCCCCAACCCAUGGUUAUUUGCAGCCCUUUGCUCCAUGCUCUUCACACCCCACCACCCCCCUCCACACCUUGGAUGAAAUCUGAAAUCAUUGGUACCAUCAGAAAUCCACAAUACUGUUGUACCUUAUCUCAGGACCAUACAUCUCACAGUAACUGAUUGUAGUAUCUUCAUAAAGCUGCUUUCUCCCAGACCUCUCACCAGACUUCUGGGGAGCAAAAAUGAACUUGUGACAGACACGUGUCACCACUUGGUUACAGAGCAGCAGCUAAACCUGCUUUUAAAAGUUUUGAAAGGUAAAGCUUUAUUUAGAAGCAUACUGUAUAAAUCUAGAGGGUGAUUUAUUUUGGGCGCAGUAUAAAUGUCAGUCUUCCAUUGUCACGUCGUUCAGCACACGUAAAUUGUGCAAGUUUCUAUUCCCAUUCUGCAGAACUUUUCAGAUUAGGUAUUUGUCAUUCAGCAUUACAAUAGCACAAAGUUGGAAUAGAAACCAGCCAACAUUUACUUUGUUUUACAAACAUAUUAACCUUUGCUGAAGACAAACACAAAGGACUUUUCAAAAUUACAGUUCUUGCCAAGGACAGAUCCAAACAGCCAAAGGGAGGGUUUUGGCUUUUUUACCAGACCUAAGCAAAUGGAGAAAAUGAAGAGAUGAAUGUUUAUGUAAACUACUAUUUAAACAAAAAGCAUUUCUGAUUGCUCUUUUAUAUUUCAGAAGCUGAGCAAUCAUAUUUUUAGAUGUAUCCUUUGAGUUAACAGCUGCUGAACUGGUAGCACCAUGUGUAUAGAUUUUUGUUGUACCAUAAUUUUUCAUAUGUAUAAAGCUCUAGAUUGGAAAGUAUAUUAUAUUUAUAUAGUUACAUGCAAAUCACAAUGUUAAAUGUGUUGGCAUGAGCACUCUCAAACUUAUAUUUUCUGCACAAAAAUAGAGCAAUUAACUCUGAAAACAUCCUGAGAAACUGUAUGUAGGCUGGUGAACCACCCAGACAUUAAAAUGUUCAGUUACAUUUUCAUCUUCCUUUCUGCAGCACAUUGCAUAAUUCCUGCUUGCUUCUCACAUCAUCUUCAAUGCAUACAUGUGGAGACAAAUCCAAGUUAGAUAUUUCACUAUUGCCACUGUAAAUCUCAGCUUGGAGACUAUGUAUCAGAAAAUGGUUCUAAAGAAUGUUUCUAUUUUUGUGGAUGUGAUAUAAAUUCAAAUAAAACAUGAAAGAAAUUUUCUGAUUC